AUGGCUGAGGAAGUGCUAUUUGGACAUCGAAAUGAAGCUUUUGAGUAUAUGGAAGAAAGGACGGAUGAUAUUAUAACCACGGAACCGGGCUUCAUAACCCCUGCCGGCAUUCCUCAUACACGUUGCAGAUUGAAGCGACAUACCUGCAAACUUACCACCGAAGGUAUCAGCAGUUCAGGUGAUGAAGAAAUUAAUGAAAUGAAAAGAUUGGACGAGACGCGACCGGAGGAUUUACCGUUGACAUGGUUGCACCGUAUCAAAAAAUUGUUUCGAGGAGAUUUCGGAUCAUUAUGCCUUCUAAUGUUUCUCUAUUUGCUGCAGGGCAUACCUUUAGGUUUGAUUGCAGCCAUUCCACUUGUCUUAUCCGGUAAACAUGUAUCCUAUGGCCAGCAAGCUGUUUUUUCGUUUGCACAUUGGCCUUUCAGCGUAAAGUUACUUUGGGCACCGAUCGUGGAUUCAGUUUACUGGAAACGUAUAGGUCGUCGGAAAUCAUGGAUGGUUCCAUGUCAAUAUCUUAUUGGCAUUUUUAUGCUUUUAUUAUCGUACAGAGUUUCUGAAAUUAUAGGUGAUAGUCCAGGCAAGCUUAUUUAUUCAAAACCACCAAAUGUGCUUUUAUUAAUGUUUUUAUUUUUGCCAUUGAAUUUUCUUGCCGCUACGCAAGAUAUAGCUGUGGAUGGUUGGGCACUUACCAUGCUCUCUAGGGAAAAUGUCGGACAUGCAUCGAUUUGUAACGCAGCCGGUCAGAUGGCUGGUUUUGUUUUGGGAAAUGUUAUGUUUUUAAUGCUUGACUCACCCGAUUUUGCCAAUCAUUUCUUCCGUAAUAAACCAGAACCAUAUGGCUUAGUAAACCUAUCGG